CACUUCCUGGAGGACACCGAUGAUGCAGAACUGAACAAGUUUGUGAAGGAUUUCCCAGGAAACGAGAGCUGCCACCAACCAGAGGCCAAGACCUGGGAGUCCAGACCCCAAAUCCUGGAACCAAGGCCCCAGACCCCGGACCUCUGCCAGGAUGACCUGGAGUUCAGACCCCCCUCCUGGCCCCAGUCCUCUGACAACCAGCAGAACUUCUCUGCCCCAGCCCCUCUCAGCCCUUCAGCCCGGCCCCGAAGUCCAUGGGGCAAACUCGAUCCUUAUGACUCCUCUGAGGAUGACAAGGAGUACGUGGGCUUUGCGACUCUCCCCAAUCAAGUCCACCGAAAGUCCGUGAAGAAAGGCUUUGACUUCACCCUCAUGGUGGCAGGAGAAUCUGGCCUGGGGAAAUCAACCCUUGUCAACAGCCUCUUCCUCACUGAUCUGUACCGAGACCGGAAACUCCUCAGUGCUGAAGAGCGGAUCACACAAACGGUGGAGAUCACUAAACAUGCAGUGGACAUAGAAGAGAAGGGCGUGAGACUCCGGCUCACCAUUGUGGACACACCAGGUUUUGGGGAUGCAGUCAACAACACAGAGUGCUGGAGGCCUGUAGCAGAAUACAUCGAUGAGCAGUUUGAGCAGUAUUUCCGAGAUGAGAGUGGCCUAAACCGCAAGAACAUCCAAGACAACAGGGUGCACUGCUGCCUGUACUUCAUCUCGCCCUUCGGCCAUGGGCUCCGGCCCUUGGAUGUUGAAUUCAUGAAGGCCCUGCAUCAGCGGGUCAACAUCGUGCCUAUCUUGGCUAAGGCGGACACACUGACACCUCCUGAAGUGGAACGCAAGAAACGCAAAAUCCGGGAGGAGAUUGAGCACUUUGGAAUCAAGGUCUACCAGUUCCCAGACUGUGACUCUGAUGAGGAUGAGGACUUCAAAUUACAGGACCAAGCCCUAAAGGAAAGCAUCCCAUUUGCUGUAAUUGGCAGCAACACUGUGGUGGAGGCCAGAGGGCGGCGAGUUCGGGGCCGGCUCUACCCAUGGGGCAUCGUGGAAGUGGAAAACCCAGGGCACUGCGACUUCGUGAAGCUGAGGACAAUGCUGGUGCGUACCCACAUGCAGGACCUGAAGGAUGUGACUCGGGAGACACAUUAUGAGAACUACCGGGCACAGUGCAUCCAGAGCAUGACCCGCCUGGUGGUGAAGGAACGGAAUCGCAAGUAUGGGACAGAUCCAGAAACCGAGAGGCUGAUCCGAGAGAAAGAUGAGGAGUUGCGGCGGAUGCAGGAGAUGCUACACAAAAUCCAAAGACAGAUGAAGGAGACCCAUUAGCUGGCUUUCAGCCUUGGAUAUUUAAAUAUUUUGUUCAUCUGCCCAUGCCGGCCCUCCCAGCACCAGCUCUGCUCAGGCCCCAGUAGCUACUGCCACUUCGCCUUACAUCCCUGCUGCCUCCCCAGAGACUCAGAGGAAAUAAAGUCUAACAAAUAUA